CAUUUCUUUUUCUGCCAAGUUUAAAAGAUUUAUUUAUCAUUUUAUUUAAUUUUCUCUAUAUACUUCAUCUUCCUCUGAGACCCAUCUCUCUUGGUCUCUCACUCUCCUCCAGGAAAGUUAAAUCCCAUUUAGAAUACAUGUAAACAACGAUUCAAAGAAAUAUGAGAAGGCUACAAAGGGACCAAGCCAAAGCAAAUCUUCUCAUUACGUCAACCAUUGCUCCAAUCUCUCUCUUCCUGCUACUUUUGACCCUUUUCUCACAAACCCAUUUCUCUUCAUCCUUCAAGGUCCUCAUAUUGAACUCUGACCAUCCAUUCACUCCCGUCCUAUCAUCAAUCUCAGACGUCCAUGACCUCCUCCCCAAAUUCAGUCUCCCAAAGGGUCUCCUCCCCAAUUUCCAAUCUUACUCUCUCUCGGGCGACGAUAGUUUCGAGGUCGAGCUCAAAAGCCCUUACUAUGUGUAUUUCGAUCGAUAUGUGUACUACGAUAAGAAGAUUAUAAGGAAAUUGAGUUAUGGGUCGGUUUCUAAUGUGACUGGAAUUGAAGCCAAGAUGCUCCUUUUGUGGGUCUCUGUGACUAAGAUUCAUACCGGUAAGGGCUCGGAUAGCAUCAGAUUCUAUGUUGGAUCUUUGUUUGAGGAUCUUCCUGCCUCAAAAUUUGAAAAUGUUCCUGACUGUAAGAGUAAGGCUUGCAAAUCGACCAACCCAGAAUCCAUUUGAGUCUUGAGUAAACAGGAAUUUACUCUCUAAGAUAAAGAAUCCACAAAAUGAUACCAUUGAAGUUGGGCCUAGAGAUUUAAAGCUGACCUUUUCGUCUACCUCAGGACAACUAAAACAGAUGUACAAUUCUAAAACUGAGGUUGAUGUACUAAUACAACAGAGCUAUCUCUGGUAUGGUUCAAGCACUGGUGAUUUUGAUUCUCAGGCUUCAGGGGCAUAUAUUUUCAGGCCUAAUGGGGCACCUCCAACUGUUGUUUCAAGAUCAGUUCCACUAAAGGUCAUUCGUGGAGCUUUAGUUGAUGAGAUUCACCAAGAGUUUAAUUCAUGGAUCUAUCAGGUUAUUAGCAUAUUUUUGGGUUUAACAUUUUAGGCCAUAAUGUAAGAACCAGAACUUGUUCUCUUAUAAUAGAAUCAAACAAAAAUGAAACACUAUCAGAUUGCAAUUUUCUAGUCUUGGGAACUAUCAGACCAUUCACAAAAUAUAAUUUCAUUUUUAAGCCUUCAUUUGGUAACCAUAACUUUUCAGUUUAUGUCAUAUUAGGUUACCAGGCUUUACAAGGACAAAGAACAUGCUGAAGUUGAAUUCACAAUGAGUACAAACAUACCAGACCAAGCAAAUAUAUAUAUAUAUAGAUCAAACAAAUAAUGAGACAUAUAGACUUAGUGUGUGUAGUUCUGACAACUCUUUAUUUUGAAAGAUUGGUCCAAUACCCACAGAUGAUGGUGUUGGGAAAGAGGUCAUCACGCGAUUGGCAACGAAUAUGGAAACGAACAAAGUUUUCUACACUGAUUCGAAUGGAAGGGAUUUUCUAAAACGAGUAAGUAUUUCUUAUUAAACAUAAGUUACUGGUUUUGCUAUCUUGAUAUAUAUGAUCCCUGAGAAUGGUUUCUCAGGUUCGAGAUUCUAGAGAAGAUUGGUCUCUUUUAGUUACUCAGCCUAUAGCAGGAAACUAUUACCCAGUAAAUUUUCUUAUCCAUUGCUCCAAAUGAUACUAACAAGUAUUACCAUUUUCUUGAAACAACAAGAACAACUACUAACUUAAAUGAACUCUUAUAUUUCUACUAAUAGUAGUAAUAAUCUUCUAUAAAAUUUGGCUUUCCACUUUCUUCAGCUUAAUCUUGGAAUUUUCAUGCUGGAUAAGAAAUCUGAAUUAUCGGUAUUAGUUGAUUGUGCCACUGGGGGAGCCAACAUUGCAGAUGGACAACUAGAGCUGAUGCUGCACAAGUAAAAAUUUCCACAUAUUCAUAUUCUCAGCAACUAGAGCUGAGGUGUUCACAUUAUACAUAUAUGGAUUAAUUAUCUAUUACUUAAUAACACUAUUCUAAUAUCUCUUAGCUUUCCUUAUAUUGUUUUUUCUUUUCCUAAAAGACUUUCUUAUAAUCCUUAUCAAGAUUUUUUAAUUACUGUUACAUAUUUUGUUCAUAGAAUGCAAGGCUUUCUUUUGACUGUGGUGUUUAAUCAAUUACUUGGUUAUAUAUUCAGCGGUAACAGUUAUUUUAUUAAUGUGCUUGAAUGUUGUAGAAACCUCUUACUUGAUUAUGGAUUUUGUGUUUAUUUUUAUAUUUUUCUUUCCUUUUUUGUGAUGCAAACCAAGUGUGUGAAAAUGCCUCAAUGGACUAAGAUUGUGAAAUUUAGUGAAUGAUUCUUCUAUAGGCUAAUGUAGUUGUUGCUUAUUGUUCUAUAAGCCUUUUUUUUUAUUUCAGUUUUAAAUUUGGAAGUAUAUAUUAUGGAAUGACCUAAAUAGUUGAUUCUUUGAAGAGGAAUUUUUUAGAUAAUAUUUUUAAACAUUUUAUUCCUAAAGAUGAUAUGAAUCUUAAUUUUUAUUUUGUUGCUCCUUAAUGUUAAAUUGAGGCACCUAGCCAUUAUGAAGGAAAGUAUAUAGAAUAAUUUAUUGGAGUAUCCUCGUAUAUAUUUCAAAUAUUUUAACUAUGCCAGUGAAGCUUAAAGAGAUUGUUUGGGCUUUAUAUAAUUUUAUGCAGAUAAGUAUAGUCUUUUUAGGGGAAUAAAUGAUGUGUUUCAAACUUAUAUAUUUUUAAUAAUGUACAAUAUUGAACAAUAUUUGAUUAUGAUGGGUAUAUGUUUUGAUUUAUUUUUGUAUUGAUUGAUUUGUGAAUUAAAUCUAAUGAAAGAGGAGGCUAGAUGAGAUAUAGGCCGAUGUGGAAGUGCCGAUGUAUUAGAAGAGUUAGGGAUAGUUAUCGACCUGGAACUUGAGGGAGUUUCAAGCAGUGUGAAAGAAGCAGGCAUUGGAUUUAUGAUGCCUCCAACAUAUCAUCCAGCAAUGAAGGUUGUCCGCUCAGUCAGAAAAAAGCUGAAAGUAAAAACUGUAUUUAAUAUAUUGGGUCCUAUGUUAAACCCAGCAAGAGUACCAUAUGCUAUUGUGGGUGUCUAUGCAGAAGAUUUGGU